GUCGCGGCCGAACCCGUUUCGCUUCGGCUGUUGUAUGAGUAAUUUAUCAUCAAACAAGUUUUUCCAUAUUAUUCAAAAAACUAUUCAAGUUAGUUGAAAGAAUAAUCUUGUGAAUGGUGAACGUACACGUACAAAAGUCUAAUUUAUCAAUGGGAAAACGUUGCUGCUGGUCUGCCGCUGGGUGCUAGUUUUUCGGUGCACCGUGGGUACCCCUUUUUGCAUUGGGCUGUCGUGUUCGGGCUUACUGUACACUUGGCCGUCUCCCGUGUACAUCGGAAAGCAGUGUUCCGACGCGUCAAACUGUGCGAUAGUGCGAGUAUUGUGUUUUCAUUAUUUUUUACGAUUCGUCGAGGUGCCGCGUCGAGUUCCGAGUGUAUGUAAACCAACCCUCCCGUUGCGGAGUGCCGUUUGACUCGAUUGUGUGUUUGGGGAAAAGGAAAAUAAUAAAUUCUAAUCUGUCAUCCGGAGGAGACGGAUCGGGAGAAAAAAACACAUUUCUGUAACCCGGUUAGGCACCAGGCGAUAGGAGCGCCAUCUUGAAGCACAAAGGAAGAUUAAUUGAUUAACAUUUUUCGGCGCGGGAAUCGAAUGACCGUCUUGACGGUUUUGGUGAGUGACCUCUUUUUUCGGAUCACUGAAGAAACGACUUGGUGAGAAUCAUCUGCAGUGAUUGAUGGCCACAGUGAUAAACACGUUGAACGCGGUGAUUGUCAGUGCGAUUGUGUCAGUUGUGGUGUCUAUUGUUAGGUAAACCUCGGAGAAAUUCUGUUGCGCCAAAACUAGGCAAACGCGGCGUAUAACGAACAUGUAAAAUUGCUCAUUGUUAUUUUCAUAACGCGCAAUUAGCGGCCAAAAGAAGCCUCAAAAGGCAACUCACCCCGAAAAAAAAAAGAGAAGUUAAUAGCUCCCAGAGUUUAAACGGCGGAGAAAGAAACGAAAAAUUGAAUAAAGGAAAAUGUUUUAGAAGUUGCCGCUCGCCUAUCGUUUUCUAAAUAUCAAAUUAAACAAAUAAGCGCUACAGCGGGAGGCGAAUCAGGCACGAAUGAGCCGAAGAGAGCAAAAGAGAGGGAGCAAAAACUGAACGCUUAACAAAAAGUGUUUUUAAGAUGACUCAUUUGAUUUAAUUGUACGCUCUCCUAAAAAUUACUGUUCCAAAGCGGCGGAGGAAGCGCUUAGUGAAGGAGCACCGAUCGAUCGAUUCAAAACACCAAUCGACAUUUGGGAAAUAUAGAGUAAAAGAGUGAUCAUCGCGCCGCGAAAGGUCAAGAUAACGAAGCCUCGAAAGAGAGUUGUGUGGUGUGAUUGCAAGUGACGGGUGAGCAGAGGGAAGAAAGAGUAGGAGAGAGUGCGGGCGGGUGCUUUUCGGCGGACGCAACUGUUACGAAAAACCCCAGCCAAAACGUCGGAUCCCACGCGGAGACUCGAACAUACGGCGUUCAGCAUGUUGACCGACAUGAGUCCGUCGGCAGCCGGACAAUUCUACGGAGCCCAGAUACCGGCCAUGGGCAUGAACAUCACCAACAUCGCGACGCACAUGCAGAAACCAACAGAACACCCCGGACUGCGAGGUACACCGCUGGCUAUGCUGGCUGCACAGUGCAACAAGCUGUCGAACAAGUCGCCUCCACCGCUGGCUGACGCUGCCGUUGGUAAAGGGUUUCAUCCGUGGAAGAAAAGUCCCAUCUCUUCGGGACCGCACUCGCCAAACUCCCUGGGAAGCCCACAGACGGCGACCAGCAGCAGUUCGUCCAGCAACGUGAUACAGUCUACGCAGAGGACACCGUCGGCAUCGUCCGCAUCGUCAACCGCCAGCUCGAUGGCGAACCUGACCAACAGUCGCCCCAUAACGUCGUCUUGUGCGGCGUCCACAACGCCGUCCUACGGCAGUGACUUGUAUUUCCCGGGAGCCACCACAUCGCCGGCUUGUGCCGAGAAUCCCCACAUGCAGCACGGCAUUCUAGGGAAGGUCGAGGGUACGACCCUCGGGUCGGUCUACUCCCGCCAUCCCUACGAUUGGCCGUUCAACGCCGUCACGGCAGCGACGGCCCACAAGACCGACAACAUGAACUCCGGCUGGUGGGACAUGCACGGUGCGGCUGGCGGCUGGCUCGACAUGGGAAGCGCCGGUAUGCACGCCGCCACCAUGGCGAACUACGCGGCCUCGGCCGCCGUCAGUACUGACUAUUCGACGCUGACACAUUCACUCACGAACACGGCACACCUGCUUGGCACCGGGCAGCACCUACUGCAGGACACAUACAAAAGUAUGCUACCGUCUCAGGGCGUCGGAAGCUUCGGCUUGCCACAUACACCGCCUUCGCCGGCACCGCCAACGCCGCAGGCUCCGUCUCCUCGCAGUCAGCGUCGCUAUUCGGGCCGUGCCACCUGUGACUGUCCGAAUUGUCAGGAAGCGGAACGGCUCGGACCGGCCGGAGUUCAUCUACGCAAGAAGAACAUCCAUAGCUGUCACAUUCCUGGCUGUGGUAAGGUUUACGGGAAAACAAGUCACCUGAAGGCUCACCUUCGAUGGCACACCGGCGAACGGCCGUUCGUCUGCAAUUGGCUCUUCUGUGGCAAGCGCUUCACCCGAUCCGAUGAACUCCAGCGCCAUCUACGCACACAUACAGCAAAACACGUCAAAACCCACGGAUCCUCGACGACCGGUGGCAACGGCAGCGCUGGCACCGGAGCGACCAAGAAAACUUCAUCCGACUCGUGCAGCGACUCCGAGGAGACCAACCAAACGGAUAUCCACCAACAGCAGCAGCAGCAACAAUCCGGUGGAGGCGGCGGCGGCGGAGCUCCCGGAGGAGGCGGUGUAGGCGGCAGUCCGGGUCACGUUGGGCACGUCGGUGGGAUGCCCCCGGGGAUGUCCAUGGGCGGCCACCCCGGUGCUCUGAGUCAUCCCUCGCAGCAGCAGCAGCAACAACAGGGGCCACCUCACCACCAUGCGCACACCCCUAGUCCGGGCUUGGAUCACGUCAGUCAGAUGGACGUGAAGCCGGGCAUUGUUUGA